AUGGGCCGUAUGCACUCCAAGGGCAAGGGCAUUUCUGCCUCCGCGAUCCCCUACUCGCGCAACCCCCCCUCGUGGCUCAAGACCACCCCCGAGCAGGUCGUCGACCAGAUCUGCAAGCUCGCCAAGAAGGGUGCUACCCCCUCCCAGAUUGGUGUCAUCCUCCGUGACUCCCACGGUGUUGCCCAGGUCAAGGUUGUCACUGGUAACAAGAUCCUUCGUAUCCUGAAGUCCAACGGCCUUGCCCCCGAUCUCCCGGAGGACCUGUACAUGCUCAUCAAGAAGGCUGUUGCCGUCCGCAAGCACCUUGAGCGCAACCGCAAGGACAAGGACUCCAAGUUCCGUCUCAUUCUCAUUGAGUCCCGUAUCCACCGUCUUGCCCGCUACUACAAGACCGUCGGUGUCCUCCCCCCCACCUGGAAGUACGAGUCUUCCACUGCCUCCACCAUCGUCUCCUAA